UGCUCUGGGGGCUGAAGAGAUGGUGGAGACGCUGACGGAGAGGAACCUGGACUUGGAGGAGAAAGUCCGUGAGCUCCGUGAGACCGUGGGAGACCUGGAAGCCAUGAACGAGAUGAACGACGAGCUACAGGAGAAUGCCCGGGAGACGGAGCUGGAGCUGCGGGAGCAGCUGGACAUGGCGACCGCCCGCGUGCGCGAGGCAGAGAAGCGUGUCGAGGCGGCGCAGGAGACGGUGGCCGACUACCAGCAGACCAUCAAGAAGUACCGGGAGCUGACGGCCCACUUGCAG